AUGUCGUCCAUCACCACCGAGCCAAUUGAUGCUCGUCGCCAGAGUGCCCUUCUUAGCUAUCACAAGAGAUUGACCGAACUUCGACAGAACGAAAACACCCUUAAAGAGCGUAAGUGCAUUGCUUUUCCCUCCACCAUAGAGAGACUUGGAUUAAAGAAACUUUCGUCCGAUUUUGAAAAGAGUGAAAACGAUAUCAAGGCCUUGCAGUCGGUCGGACAAAUCAUCGGGGAAAUCAUCAAGUCGCUAGACGCAGAUAGAUCGAGCAGUGGUCCUCGCUAUAUUGUCGGCUGUCGCUCCAACAUUGACAGAAACCGCCUUGUUUCAGGAUGCCGUGUUUCUCUUGACAUCACCACGCUUACCAUUAUGCGCAUUUUGCCUCGGGAGGUUGAUCCUUUGGUCUUCAAUAUGACAAACGAGCACGAGGGUCCUGGCGAUGUUUCGUUUGCCAGCGUCGGUGGGCUUGCCAACCAAAUUCGGGCAUUAAGGGAGGUCAUUGAGCUUCCACUUCUGAACCCAGAAUUGUUUCUUAGAGUUGGAGUAGCUCCUCCCAAGGGCGUGUUACUUUAUGGACCUCCAGGAACCGGAAAAACAUUGCUCGCUCGAGCCGUCGCUGCUACACUUAACGUUUCAUUUCUUAAAGUGGUGGCGAGCGCCAUUGUGGACAAAUAUAUUGGAGAGUCUGCCAGAAUUAUCCGUGAAAUGUUUGGGAAAUCCAAAGGACACUCAUGGAGGUAUGCUCGGUGUAACGCUAACGCCAAGUUAUUGAACCAAAUGGAUGGGUUUGAUGUUUUAGGCAAAGUGAAGGUCAUUAUGGCGACAAAUCGACCCGAUAUUUUGGAUCCUGCUCUUUUACGUCCUGGCAGACUUGAUCGCAAAAUUGAGAUUCCCCUUCCCAACGAACAAGAUCGAUUGGAUAUCCUAAAAAUACACGCGGAAAAGAUGAACAAAUCGGGCGAGUUUGGUAACAUAACCCUUUUGGCCAACGAGUUCAACGGUGCCGAUCUGCGUAACAUAUGCACAGAGGCUGGUAUGGUUGCCAUUCGUGCAGAGCGAGACUAUGUGAUUCAAGAUGACUUUAUGAAGUCCGUUCGCAAGGUUGCUGAAAGCAAGAAACUGGAGUCCAAAUUGGAAUAUGAAAAAUUGUGA